AUGCAGUCGUUACCUAUCUCUCAUCGGAAUGUUCUGCCGUUCUCCCUCAUUUCUAGCCGGAGUUCAACUUAUGCUCGUCUCCAUUGCUGCUCUCUCAACUCUUCAUCUCUUCGUCAUGUUAUGGAUGAAGAAAGGUUCAUUGAAGUUUCUAAAAGCGGAAACUUGAUUCCGCUGCACAAAACCAUUUUUUCUGAUCAUCUGACUCCGGUGUUGGCAUACCGAUGUUUGGUGAAAGAAGAGGAUCGUGAAGCUCCAAGUUUUUUAUAUGAGUCAGUUGAACCUGGUUUUGAAGGUUCUAGUGUACUUGGUCGAUACAGCGUGGUGGGAGCUCAACCAUCCAUGGAAAUUGUAGUUAAGGAACACAAUGUGACUAUAUUGGACCACCAUGCUGGAAAAUUGACAGAGAAGAUGGUCGAAGAUCCGAUGACAAUUCCAGCAAGUAUUACCAACGGAUGGAAGCCCGGACUUAUUGAUGAUGAACUACCUGAUACCUUUUGUGGUGGAUGGUUUGGUUACUUCUCAUAUGACACAGUUCGGUAUGUAGAGAACAACAAGUUACCAUUCCUAAGGGCUCCAGAGGAUGACCGGAACCUUGCAGAUAUUCAGUUAGGACUUUAUGAGGAUGUCAUUGUAUUUGAUCAUGUAGAGAAGAAAGCGUAUGUGAUUCACUGGGUGCAGUUGGAUCAAUUUUCCUCUCUUCCUGAGGCUUAUCUUGAUGGGAAGAAACACUUGGAAAUAUUAAUGUCUAGGGUACAAGGAAUCAAGUCUCCAAGGUUAUCUCCCGGUUCUGUGGAUUUCUGUAUUGAUGAAUUUGGAACUUCAUCAACCACGGAAAACAUGACACGUGAGGAGUACAAGAAUUCCAUCUUACAGGCAAAGGAACACAUUGCUUCUGGAGACAUACAUCAAAUUGUUUUAAGUCAACGUUUUGAGAGAAGAACAUUUGCUGAUCCAUUUGAAGUCUAUAGAGCAUUAAGAAUUGUGAAUCCAAGCCCAUACAUGACUUACUUACAAGCCAGAGGCUGUACUCUAGUUGCAUCGAGUCCAGAAACUUUGACGCGUGAGAAGAAAAGAGGAAUUGUUAAUAGACCAUUAGCUGGGACAAGCAGAAGAGGGAGGACACCUGAUGAGGAUCUGAUGUUGGAAAUGCAGAUGUUAAAAGAUGUUAAACCUGGUUUUGUGAAUGUUCAAAAGCUCAUGAGUGUUGAGAGGUAUUUCGAUGUGAUGCACAUGAGCUCCACGGUGUCGGGAGAGUUGCUUGAUCAUUUAACCUGUUGGGAUGCACUGCGGGCUGCAUUGCCUGUUGGGACCAUCUGUGGAGCACCAAAGGUUACACUCUCGACUUUAAAUUCGUUGGUUAAGUCGAUGGAGUUGAUCGAUCAACUAAAAGUGGGUCGAAGAGGGCCUUACAGUGGUGGAUUUGGAGGUAAAAGUUAUAGUUGUUUCUCUCAGGGUCGAUACAGCGCGGUGGGAGCUCAACCAUCCAUGGAAAUUGUAGCUAAGGAACACAACGUGACUAUAUUGGACCACCAAGCUGGAAAAUUGACUCGUAUGACUGUCCAAGAUCCAAUGACUAUUCCAGCAAGUAUUUCCAACAGAUGGAAGCCCGGACUUAUUGAUGAUGAACUACCUGAUACUUUUUGUGGUGAGGAUUCUGUUUUCACUAAUUGUUGUACGAGUAACUUAUUUAAUUAG